UUGUGAGUGCCGCGGUAAGGCGGCGUGCGUGAUGACGCGCGAUGGGCCCCUGCGCGAUGACGUCACGCGUUCUCUGUUAAGCUCUUGAGCAAAGGGGGGGGGGAGGAGGUUGCCGGCGUCGAGUCGCUGUGGGCAGCGACGGCGGCAGCAGCAAGAGCAGCAGCAGCCAGCCAGCAAGCAAGCGGCAGCUGCCGCAUCGCGGCGAGUGGCCCGACUCCCCCCCCCUCCCCUUUGUUAGCCUCGGCGCCUCGCGUGAAACCGCCACUGCGUCGUCUCCUCCUCAUCCUCCUCCUCGUCGUCGUUGUCGACGGCGGCGUCUCUCUCUCUCGUGAGUUCACCAAGGCCUCGCUCACCCGCGCCGCUGUGGAGUUUGUGUUCGUGGUGACGAAGGUGAAGGGGAGAAGAGCCGCUUAGAGAGAGCGGGGCACAGGAGGAGGACGAGGAGGAUCUCCUGGAUUUACAAAGCACCAUAAGGACAUGCAGUACCGUAGCAACGCUUAGCCGAGUCCCAUCCCCCGCAGACUGAAUGGGCAGCGUUCUUCGCUUGAACACGUCCCGUUGAGCUGUGCACGUGACCAGAACCACGGGUAACCGUCCAUGCGCCGUGAAGACGAGGACCUGACGGAGCGUGCGUGACACACGGGGCGGCGCAAAAGGAGCAAUGGCACAGCUGGAGAGCGGAGGGAUGAUGCGGAGGGGACCGUCCUCGGCGAGGUCCGGCGCUCGUGUUCGCGCUUACUCGGCCGAGAGCGUGGGCAUGGAGGAGGCACUGCGCAUGGAGGCUGAUGCGCUGGCCAAGCUCCAGAAGAGCAAAACGAAGGGUGCGGUGAGCCAGCACGGCGGCCAGGCGGAGGCGAAAUCGGCGGGCAGCAGACGGGAAGCUCCGGCAAGCGGCGCUUCAGGUCCUGCGCGGUCCCAGCUGGACAGCGACCUCAUCUCAUUCCCAGAGGGUGACUUGGAGCGCCGGCGGCAGCAGAAAGCAGCCGAGGCCAAGGACUUGGCUGACCUGGAACUGCUGCUCUUCGUUAAUGGCACGGGCACCGGCACGAGCACCAUUACCCCUGCUCAACCAGCGCCAGUCAUGUCCCCAGCACUGCCAACGGUUUCUGGCCGCGCUCCCUCUACCCCGCUGCCCUCCUUUUCACCCCUGUCUGCACCAAGCCAUGCUGUGCUGCAAACUCAGAUGCUGCCGCUGAGUCGGAGCUUGCCACAGAGCCAGACGCUCCCACCAAACCACCUCAUGGGCACUCUGCCGUUCGCCGCGGCACCGCAGCAAAUUUCGUUGUGUCCAUCCGGCUACAGUCAGCCCAUGGCUGGCUUCGCCAAAGAUUCCAACCUGACCAGAAACCAUGCUGUGGCGGCUGUCUCGUACUCGUACCCACAGCUGCAAGCCGCUUUUCCACAGUGGGGCACCGCUGGGAGCCUCGCUGCUUUCCCAAUGCACCGCCCGGUCGUGGGCUUCACGCCACCUGGAGCCGGCUACACGCAUGCCGCUCACACGGCCGAGUGGGCCGAGGUCUACAACAAGAUCGCCACCAUCAAGAAGACAAGGCAGAGCGAGAGCCAGGGAAGUGGCCAGAAGUCCCCCUCGGACUUUGAAGCGUUGGACCUGAACCCCGUGUCGCUGAAGUCUCCGGAGACCCUGCGCUCUGGAGGCUGCGACUGGCUCGACCUGGACCCGAUCGGCAAGCUGCCGCAGACGGUCGGGGAGUCGGCCAAGAUGAAUGGCGGAGUCAAGGACGUUCAGAGCCGGACUGGGGCCAUCGCGGCGGGCGCUGCCGCCCCUGACACGGACCCCUGGGAUGCAGUUCUCCUGCAGCCGCAGAGCCAGGCCGGCAGCCAGAAAAUUGUCACGGAAGCAGAUGGCAACUCCGAUGGGAAUAGGCUGAGCGGCCCCGUGGAGGGUCGCCCCACGAGCCCUGCAGCCUCAAGGCCACUUUCCAGGACACUGUCGGACGAGGCACCGUUGGAAUCAGGCUCUCGGGGAAAGGGUAACAUAUCCAGCAAGUGUUCAAACGUAGGGGAUGGUUCAUCAGAAGAUGCGCUGUUUAAAUCGUCGGAUCGCAAAAACGAAGAGGUGGCAUCUUUCUGCGACAUGAUCUCAAAACUUCGUGAAGAGCACCCCCACAUGUCGUGCAGUAACCUCGGCUUUGUGCUGAGCCCUGUGCUCCUUGAGAGAGACCUGAGCAAGGAGAACGUGAGCGUCAAGGUCACCAUCGAGAUGGAAGGCCUGCAGCAGCCAGUCACGUUCACCUGCGACGUGAGCUCCCCGGUGGAGCUGAUCGUGAUUCAGGCGCUGUGCUGUACCCACGACGACCUCGGCAAGGUGGUGACCAGCGACUACGUGCUCCGCGUGUGUGGCCGGGAGGAGGUGCUGCAGAGCCGGCAGUGCCUGGGCAGCCACGAACACAUCCAUCUGUGCCGCAAGUUCGACACGGACAUCCGCCUGCAGCUGCUGCACGUCUCGGCCAUGCGGCACGACCUCGCACGCACGAGCGAAGAUGAUGCUGAUCCAACAGACUUACAGCAGCACCUGCAUCUCUACAGCCACCCUCUGAAGCACACUGUCUCCAGGAAAGGGCUAUCACAGCUGAUGGAUGCGUACCACAAUGAACUGGACAUUUUUUUGCAAACCAAGUGGGAGCAGCACCGUGGGAUGGAAAGGGUGGCGCAUGCCACGAAGGCCGUGUGCAGCGCGCUGUCUCACAUCGAGACACCGGACGUCACGGAGGCCGUGCAGGCGCUUCGGCAUGCAGCCAACCGCCCACGCCAUACGACUAUAGAGGCCACGGGGGCGACAGCAAGCGAGAGGCUCUCAGUGGAGAACAAGCGCUCGCACACGCUGCCGGGAAGGCAAGAUGCGAGGCGUGCAGGCAGCAGCGGGGAGGUGGAGGCGAAGGCGGAGCGGCUGACGGCGGCACUCUACGAGCUCGUGGAGCUCUACUGCGCCGCCUUCGAUGCCGACUUCCUGCCCGGCGCCACGGAGGGGGUCGUGGCGCGUGACGCCGCCGUGCGGGAGGCCCCCGGAGUCGCCGACACGCUGCGCUUCACGCUGCACGCCGCGCACCACGUGCCGGCCGGCUGGAUCACCAGCUAUGAGAAGUACAACAUCGUGUGCUCUCUGACGCAUGGAGGCCGGCCGAUCCUGCAGCCAUACAAGUGUCAGUCGGGCCGCAUGUACAAAAGCUUCUUCCACCAAAUCCGCUGGAAUGAUCAGGUGAACUUGCCAGUGCAGGUGUCGCAGCUGCCGCGCGAGACGGUGCUCAGGGUGUCCCUGCAGGGUGUCCCACAGCCGUCCGCCUCCGGGGGCUCCCCCGACAGCAGCAAGCAGCGUCGCAGCCCCGAGCCGCUGGGCUGGGCCACCAUGCCGCUCUUCAACUUCAGGCAAGUAUUGACCAGCGGAACGCAGCUGCUGUGCCUGGGGCCACCAAGUCAGGCGAGCUACGCAGCCAGCUGCAGCGCUGCCCACCUGCUGCAGCCGGACAGCGUCAUCCUCCAGCUGGAUUUCCCACCAACGAAGCUGGAUAUCAUAUUCCCUACUCCGAUGGCAAGGGGGUUGUGGCUGCAGUACAACUUCGAGGACAUGGACCCCGACACAAGAAAGAGCCUCCACACGAUCAUGUCCAAAGACUCGGUGCUGGGGCUGGGAGAGGACGACAAGGUGCUGCUGUGGGAGAAGAGGCACCACCUCCAUGCUCAGGCCAACGCGCUGCCUUGGCUGCUAGCCAGCGCCCCCAGCUGGCAGUGCUCAGCCCUGCCCGACGUCUAUGCCCUGCUGGGACACUGGCCCGCCCUUUCGCCUGUGCACGCCCUCAUGCUGCUGCACUCCAACUUUGCGGACCAGGAAGUGCGGCGUACGGCGGUGGAGUGGAUCGCGUGCGUGUCUGAUGACGAGCUUGCCGACUACCUGCCACAGCUGCUGCAGGCACUGAAGCACGAAUGUUACCUGGACAAUGCUCUCAUGAGGUUUCUACUGGGAAGGUCCAUGUCAAACAUCAGAAUAGCCCACUACCUCUACUGGCUUCUGAAGGACACGCUGGAGGACGGGCAUUUUGGCGGGCGCUCCCACCGUGUGCUCGGCGCGCUGCUCUGCUGCUGCGGGCGCACGCUGCGCCACGACCUUGAGAGCCAGACGCGGCUCGUGCACACGUUGGCCACGGUGGCCGAGAAGGUGCGGCAGGCAACCGGCUCCACCAGACAGGCCAUGCUGCAGGAGGGCAUGGAGAAGGUACAGCAGACGUGCUUCCGAAAUGCUGGCAGCUCUCGUCUGCCCAUCUGCCCCAGCCUGGCAAUCCGCGGUGUCAACCAAAAGGCCUGCUCUUUCUUCAAUUCCAACGCCGUCCCUCUGAAAGUUUCCUUCCUCAAUGCUGACCCAUCUGGAGAGGACAUUCAAGUAAUGUUCAAGGUGGGUGACGACCUGAGGCAGGACAUGCUGACCCUGCAAAUGAUCAAGAUCAUGGACAAGAUCUGGCUGCAGGAGGGUCUGGACAUGCGCAUGGUGUUGUUCAAGUGUAUCUCCACUGGGAAGGAGCGGGGCAUGGUGGAGCUGGUGCUGGCCUCGGACACUCUGCGGAAGAUCCAGGUUGAGCACGGGGUGACGGGCUCCUUCAAGGACAAGCCCCUGGCCGAGUGGCUGCAGAAACACAACCCCACCGAGCAGGAGUACGAGAAGGCGGUGGAGAACUUCAUCUACUCAUGCGCCGGCUGCUGCGUGGCCACGUACGUGCUGGGCAUCUGCGACCGGCACAACGACAACAUCAUGCUGCGCACCACGGGGCACAUGUUCCACAUCGACUUCGGCAAGUUCCUGGGCCACGCGCAGAUGUUCGGCAACAUCAAGCGUGACCGGGCGCCGUUUGUGCUCACGUCGGACAUGGCAUACGUGAUCAAUGGUGGGGAGAGGCCCACCAGCCGCUUCCAGCACUUUGUGGACCUGUGCUGCCAGGCUUACAACCUCAUCCGCAAGCACACCAACCUCUUCCUCAACCUCCUCGGCCUGAUGAUGUCAUCGGGAAUACCAGAACUUGCCGAUGUUCAAGAUUUGAAAUACGUUUAUGAAGCGCUGAUGCCACAGGCUACAGACACAGAGGCGACAGCCCAGUUCACAAGGCUGAUUGAGUCGAGCCUGGGCAGCAUGGCCACCAAGGUGAACUUCUUCAUCCACAACCUGGCGCAGCGCUUCUCAGGGCCGCAGACCUCCAACGAGGAGCCCACGCUCUCCUUCAACUCGAAGCAGCACAGCCUACGCACGGACGGGCGCAUCUGUGAGGCGUCUGUCUACGCGUACCAGAAGCGCUACAACCCCGAGAAAUACUAUAUUUACGUAGUGAAGGUGGUGCGGGAGGUCAUGCCGGUUCCUACAUUCAUCUUGAGGACCUUUGCAGAGUUCCAGGAACUGCACAACAAGCUCUGCAUGCUCUUCUCAUCAUUGCUGCUGCCCAGCUUUCCAAAUAAAUUGAUCUUGGGACGCACGCAUGUCGAGGAGGUGGCUUCCCGAAGGAAAACGGACCUCCACAACUACCUGCAGGAGCUCAUGCAGUGUAAAGCUGACAUCACGGAGUGCGACCUCCUGUACACUUUUUUCCAUCCGAUCCUGAGAGACGAGAAGGUCAAGGAAGAGGUGACCAGACUGAAUGCAGAGCCGUUCCCUCAAACGCUGACGGCGGAGAAAGUGGGGGGCAAGGUGAAGCUCUCCGUGUCCUACCGCAAUGCCGCGCUCUUCAUCAUGGUUAUGCACAUUAAAGACCUGGUGUUCACUGAUGGAGCCGAUCCGGACCCGUACGUCAAGACCUACCUGCUUCCCGACCCAAACAGAGUCACCAAGAGGAAGACCAAAAUCGCCCGGAAGACACUCAACCCCACCUACAACGAAAUGCUCGUGUACAACUGCUUCAGCAAAGAGGCUCUGAAGCAGCGGCGACUGCAGCUGAGCGUGUGGAGUGCCGAGGCCCUGCGCGAGAACAUCUUCCUGGGCGGCCUGAGCUUGUCCCUGCGGGAGCUGGACUUGGACCAUGAGACCGUGGGCUGGUUCCCCCUGCAGGGCUCGCUGGGAGAGUAGCCGGCCUGGGCCCCGGCCAACCAACCGCCCGCUCCGAGAACAGUUGCACGCACUGGAGGGGUUUCGCUUGAACUCGGCGAGUUGAGCGCAGGAGCAAGCGCCCACUCGCCCGCACUGAGGCCGGUUUGCCUGGCCGCUUUGCUCAUUCCAGCGGCGGCGGCGGCAGUAGCAGCAGCAGCAGCUCCGUGGUGCUAACUUUCUGAACGUGAAAAUAACAAUAACCGAGUCUGCUGAGGCAGUGCCUGCACAGGCUGAGCCCGCGUAGCUCGCGGAUGUAAUGCGUUGUGACCCCGUGGUCGCUGGCUUAAAUGUUAUAGUUUUAUGGAUGGGGGGCAGCGGCUGAUGGCAUCGAGCAUCAAUCGGCAGCCGACGGGAGUGGGAGGGACGCGACUGAAGACGAUGCCGAGCAGGGCGAAGGACUGACUGGUGGAAACACCGACAGUUCUGACAUGUCAUCUCAGUCACACACUGCUUAAGCCAUUUACCAGCCAUAACUCCCCUCCAAUAACCUUGCUCCUAAGUGGGAGUACAAGGUUGGUUAGCACUUGCUAGUGUUAGUGCAUUCCACUAUUUUCUUUAUCCACGAGUACAGCCGAGUGCCUUCUUGCUCCAAACAAUGUAAAUGACUCAUGGAAAUAUUCUCAUGCGAAACCCUCCAAGCAACCAUCUGCUGCAUGAAAUACCAUUGCAGUCACCGACAGUACGUCGUGUCGAUAAUGUUAACAGGCGCCGCAAGCCACCGAAUGGGUUCAGUCGGAUACCACCUCCUUGGGGGUUUAAAUCCAGAUUUCUGUUGUCAGUAGGAAGCUGGCAGUCCUCAGCACGCACAUUGAUGUUUCAGCAUGAGGUGACCCUGACGACAACUGAUAAAACUGCCCAGCGUAUGGCCAUUGGUUAUUUCCGUGGACACCACCUCGUACGAUAAUUAAAGUAAGUAAUAGUUUUAAAGAGGACGUGUGCAACUGCGCACUGCAGUGAGAUAAUAUAACGGCACGAAUGGGGUUGCAGGUUUGAGAAUGUUGACACUGCUCUUGUGUCUACAAGAUUAUUUAAGCAGAGCAAAACCAUGCUCGUGCAGUUUUAAUGAGCAACAUCGACCGCAACAUUGUCAUCGUGGUAGCUGACUUGGAGACGGUGGCUUCUGCUUCCCAGCUGUUGAGGUCAAUAGAUCCCACCUUCCCAAGCACUGCCUUGUGUAUAGAACAUAGUUUUUGUUCAUCCUCGGUAAUGGCUUAGAAUACCUUGCAAUGUCAGUUAUUUGAUGUGGUAGCUCGCCAUUCUUGUAACAUAAAUACAUAAUGCACUAAGCAAAUAACAAGCAACGACAUUUGCCUAACCUUUCAGUCGGGGCAAGAAUGGACAUGAAAAUUAUUAUUUUAAAGGCACUUGCAGUUGACCUUUUAACAAUACAAUUAUGCUAGACAAAUUGGAGUUAUACCACUGUGCUAUUUUUUGCAAUGCUGCUAAAUAACCAUCAGCUAUAAAACAAAAUGUCGUGUAAAUGCGAAUUCAUGAAGUUUCCCUGUUUUUUUUCUGGGCAAAAGUGGUGCACAUCAUUAUUUGUGAACACCCAUAAAUAAAGAAACGGACCGUGAUGUUGAGAACGAGGCCGUAAUGAUGCCGCUAUGGUUACUUGUCAGGUGGACGAUGCAGCUAAUUUUGAAGGACAAAAAUGGAGUAACUAUGGCCUUGAAAUUCCCAUUACUGUGAGGGCUUGAAGGGGGACCAAAUGAGAGCCAUGCCCGUACCGGUAUCUGAUCCCAUGCGGGUGUGAAACACACCCACGCGACGCAAACCCGAGGCAAAUGCGCCCGCCCUCGUCGGCAAGUUGCUGCGACUCGUGUGGACACGGGUCCAGCCGACGACUACUGGGGAUGAACAGAUGAGGCAUUAUGGGCCACUUGUGCGAAGGCUUUAACCGGACGGGAUUGUGCGCGUUUGUUUGGAUCGAUGUCACGUGCCUUUUUGGGGGUGACCUGCGCGUGCCAGCAAGGCGCGCAACGGAGGAAGGCAGCAAUGCCAGGCAUUAUUGUUGAAUGUAACACUCCACGAGUUUACAACUGCGCUGGAGCCGCGUAUAAAACGUGUGAGGCGAAGUGUGAAUUGUUAUUCACUCGUUCACUUCAGACAACAGACUGUGGCAAUUUGCUAAUCGCUAGAUGAGAAAUUGUUGAAUGGUUCGUCUGAACGAGAGAGGCGUAAGUGAAAAGGGCAAUGCGUGCACACAAACGCAAUGUGGUUUUUGCACUCUUAGAGAGUGCACGCUUAUCCGUAACCAAAAUUUGUACGAGUUAAUUGAGAGCAUGCAGACACCAUGCCUGGAGGUAUCUCUGAACGUGACAGAGCGUCCAAUAGUCGAUCACGUGAAAGGAAAUUGUUCAUGGUGCAUUAGAGUUCGUGAAGUAGCUCUUGUUUUGCAGCUGUAGGAAAUCCCCUCGCGCGUUUCUGAUGAGAUAAUAUGAACGUACGGUGAGUGCAUUGAACUGCGAUUCGGAGGAGCGAGGGUGUGUGUAACCUGUCCGGGGGGUGGUGUUCACAGCCUUGUGUGAACGAGGCCAGCAGCAGGUGCGCGCACACAACGUAUGAGCCCUCAUUCUCACGUUUCUGGUAUCUGCACUAAUUACCAAUUUGUUUCCCACCCCCACUGGUUCAUCCGACAUGCAUGCUUCCACACCCCCCCCCCCCUUCAUAUUGUGUACAGCGCCUUGGAAUGCAGUUGCAUUUAUAUGCUGCAAGUUCAAAUUAUAAUAAAUACAUCAAAAUCUGUA